CCAGCGAAUAGAGCUCACACCGCACGCCCUAAACUCAUCCAAUUGACUCAUACACCUUUCUCAUGGUCAGAGAAGACUCCAGACAUACCGACGCUCUUGGUAAAGGGGAUACUCAGAAGCAGCAUGUGAUCCGACACACGCGAACCCGUACCGGCUGCGAGCGAUGCCGCGCGAGACGUCGCAAAUGUGACGAAAGCAAACCGCGGUGCGGGCGCUGUUUAGAUGCCGGGGUCGUGUGCCAGUAUCUCACCCGACUGUCAUUUCUCGAGAGGAACUCCCAGACGCUGGCAACGGCCUCGGAAAGACCUAAGUACUCUGCUAUACAGUUCGUUUACGAUCAAGCGUCAGCUAGGGACCUUCUUCCGACUUGUACUUCUCCUGCCCUCGGUUCCCUGCAGCCGAGGCAGAUCGCCGAUGGGGGAAAUGGAGUCCCCAACGGUUUGGUCUCGUUAGGCCACCUGGCUGGAAGAGAGCACCCAGGAAAGUCCUCGCAGGAAUCGCUCCUCGGGGAUGAGGAGCCGUUACUUGGGGCCUCAAACUACCCACCCAGUUCAGAUAUAGCUCAGUUGAGGGCCCCAACGCCAGGACCCUCGAUGACAAGUCACACAAUCUACCUCUUGAAGCACUACGAGACCAAUGUCUCCCCCUGGUUAGACAUCUUUGACCUAGGUCGGACCUUCGGAUUGCUAGUCCCACAGCUCGCCAUGACUUCGCCGCCCGUGCUAGACGCAGUUUUGCAACUGUCCGUCAUUUCCUCUGGGUCCAGGCCGAAUGAGGCAGCCCAACGGAAUAUGGGCUCUGUGCUUCUGCAGCAUGCGUCCCUCUCUCCCAGCGAAAUACCAUCCUUCGUGGCCCUCCAGAUAUUACUUAGCUUCGUGCUGUCGAUAAUCGGGAGCUUCAUCGAGGCCGUCCCAGACGCAUGGGAACCCAUAUUCGUGGGAGGGGGGGCUCAACCGGAAUUUUCCAUGUACCAUUUCACAGACACUAGCCACCAGAGGAUGUGGCACGGUACCGUCUCUUUAAUGUCAAGACUAGAAAUCGCCUACUGCCUGAUGCACGAAGUCGCUCCGACCUGGGCCCCGGAAGUUCUCCGCGAUAUCAUAUUGAAGUCAUCCGGGAGCGAUGACUUCCAACGAGUUCUGAACACAUCUCUCCACUGUCUUUCUCUACUGGGAGAGGUCAUGGGCCUAUGCUUCGAGCCCUCUGAACACAGCACUACUACCCAGGCCGCAGAGCCAGCGCAUCCUCGUGGGUCCCGCCUUGACAGAUGGAAAGCCGUCCUUGCUGAGCUGCAAGGGUGGUACGACGGUCGCCCUCCCGAACUUCGAUCUCUGGCCGAGCUUGAAAACCAAGAGACUGUAUUCCCAACCGUGCUAUUUACCAGCAGCGCCGGCAUGUCCGCCAAUGUCAUCUACCACAUGGCUAUGCACCUCCUGUUGAGUCAUAAGCCACGAGCCAUGCCACACCACGCCCACGAGCUGGAUCAGGAUCGGGCCGAAGCCGCAAACACGUCACCUCUCUGGCACUCGCGACGAGUUUGUGGCAUUGCAUUAACUGGAAAGGAACAGUACGCGCAGUGUUGGGACCCGUGUAUGAUCGCGGCCUUCUUCUUUGCAGCACGGCGUAUGACGCACCAGACCCAGCAAAGGGAGUUGCUCGCAUGCUUAGAAAAUGUCAAGACAGCAGGAUGGCGCCUCGAUAAGCUCAUUCACAGACUACGUAGAGAAUGGGGAGCAUGA